UCGCGCGCGUCCGUGCAGCCCGGCGCGGGCCCGCGGUUGCUGCGCAGGGAACAUGGAGGAGCUGCUCAGGCGGGAGCUGGGCUGCAGCUCCGUCAAGGCCACGGGUCACUCGGGGGGCGGGUGCAUCAGCCAGGGCCAGAGUUACGACACGGACAGAGGACGAGUGUUUGUGAAAGUGAACGCCAAGGCAGAGGCUAGAAGAAUGUUUGAAGGCGAGAUGGCAAGUUUAACUGCCAUCCUGAAAACAGACACCGUGAGGGUGCCCAAACCCAUCAAGGUGCUCGAUGCCCCCGGAGGCGGCAGCAUGCUGGUGAUGGAGCACGUGGACAUGCGGCCUCUGAGCAGUCACGCUGCAGAGCUCGGAGCCCGGCUCGCGGACCUGCACCUGGAGAACAAGAAGCUGGGAGAGGCGCUGCAGAAGGGAGCCGGCACCGUGGGGAGAGGAGGCGGGCAGGCCGGGCGGCCCUUCGUGGACCAGUUUGGGUUCGAUGUGGUGACGUGCUGUGGGUACCUCCCCCAGGUGAAUGACUGGCAGAAGGACUGGGUGGCAUUCUACACCCAGCAGCGUAUUCAGCCCCAGAUGGACAUGGUGGCGAAGGGGUCUGGGGACCGGGAAGCCCUGGAGCUCUGGUCUGCUCUGCAGCUGAAGAUCCCCGAUCUGUUCCGCGACCUGGACAUCGUCCCAGCGCUGCUGCACGGGGACCUCUGGGGAGGAAACGUGGCAGAGGAUGCCUCCGGGCCCGUCAUUUUUGACCCGGCCUCUUUCUACGGCCACUCGGAGUACGAGCUGGCGAUCGCCGGCAUGUUCGGGGGCUUCAGCGGCUCCUUCUACGCAGCCUACCACAGCCGGGUGCCGCGGGCGCCGGGCUUCGAGAGGCGCCUGCAGCUGUACCAGCUCUUUCACUACCUGAACCACUGGAACCACUUCGGGGCUGGGUACAGGGGCUCGUCCCUCAGCAUCAUGAAGAAACUCAGCAGGUGAGCUCGUCCCCUGGAGGGCCGGCCGCCCAGGACCCCCACGGCGGUCUCUCACACCCGGAGGGGUUUGGGACCAACUCCUCAGGCCUCAGGAGGCACGGACUCGCCGGGAAGAAAGCCCUUCCCCCCUCCCCCGCCCCCCACGCCUGCCCGCCUAAUCCCCGAGUCGUGCGUUUUCCGAGGGAGACUUGUAGCUGGGAUGGGGACCCACAGAGCCUGGCUGCAGUUAGGGGAGUGGCCGGGGUGCCAGCGCUGCUGCGGAGCUCACCCGUUCAGCACGGGUGCAGCUCCUCCUGCCCCGCCUCCAGGUGUGACUGACGUUCAGGAUGAGGCUGCUGGGGGGCUUGGGUCUGGACAGGAGCCUCCCCCCUAGGGUCACCUCACCACAGCCAGCUCCACCAUCAGCACAUUCCCUUUGCUCUCUGUGUCCCCUCUGGACCAGCCUCAGGCCAAGCCGGUCGGAACCCAUUCUGGGAGUGACCAAACUGGGAGUGACCAAACUGCCAGCCUCAGGGCGUCCUUGGCGGAUUUAGGAGCCAUCAGAUUGCUCCUCUUAACGCCCCACCUUCCCUGCCGCGUCUAAAGCUUGCUUGCCAAGCUGGUGUUCCUUGGCCUCCGGUAAAACCAGCACUAAACCCACGUUUUACCCCUCGGGCUGCAGUGAGUGGGAAACAGGCAUCAUCGAUGCUAACGGACCUUCCGCAUGAACCUCCGGUGGCUGCAAUGAUGCCAGAGACUGCCCCUCGUUUAAAGCAUAAUCCAGUGUUUUCCUAGCUGUUUGCCGAGAAACCUUCCUAAUGCAUUAUGACAAUAAAUAGAUACAACUGUUGUUUCUGGAGAGAGCAGUUUUUUUCUGGGCUUUGUUCAAUAAGACAGCUUCAAGAGAAGGGUGGGCGUAGCCAGGGCUAAUACUGGACUUGGUGCAGCUUGAGCCCCGGCCCCUGGCACCCUGGCAACUUUGGGGAACAGUGAAGGCGGUGGAAGGCCACUGUCAAACUACAUUUGCAGGAAGAAGCCAGUGGUGGCCAUGGGCACCCCGUGUUUGGGAGGACACCGGUCCCCGGGGCGGUCCACCUGUGUUCUCUGUCCUCUUUCAUUUCUGCUCAGGUCGAUGCCCGCCUGGUGGCGUUCAAAAGCGCAGCUGACUCCUCCGUGCUCUGGCCUCUGCGGGGAGGGGGAGGGCACUGUCAAAAGCUGGUGGUUGUAGGAGUGUCGAACUAGUCAUUCCUAGGCCGCCUGCACUGAGAUUGUAGCUCAUUUUUCUGAUGCUGGGGGACUGAUGGCUGGCUCUAAGGAGACGGAGGCCGUGAGUGCUGUGUCACCGUGGCACGUGGGCCGCUGUGUUCCCGCACAUUGUUACAGACCUGCUCUCCAGGACCGUUUGCUUUUGGCAGGUGGGCCAGACCCGAGGGCCCCACAGGAAUAACUUCUGCAGCUGAAUCAUCUGGGGUGCAGCUCAGGGCCCCCCUCCUCUGCGGUUAGCAAGGCAGGAGCAGCUCGGUCAGUGGGCAGACACUGCGUGGGACAUGUCUUUGGAGGAUCUCAAGAGAAGGGUCUCCUUCCAUACUCCUGUCAUGUGACAUUGGGUAGGCAAACGCCCUGAAGGGCGUUUUGGGCACCACGAGUCAGUGGUGUGGGGAGCAGUGCCUUCUGUCUCCUGGGGAGUCAGCCGCAGGACCCCAGUAGGCUAAGAGCGUGAGGCAGGUGAGGCCUCCUGGUCACUGGAGGAAGUGACAGGACACUGCUGUGCCAGGUGAGGGGAGUGGCUGACUGUGCCCCAGGUGGCCUCCUAAGGGUCCUGAAUUGCCCUUCUCUGCACAGCGCACAGGUGACCAGGGCUGCAAGCCGAGGCCUGAGCUUUCCCUGACCAAACCGUUAAGAAAACACUUCCGUUCUCCAGAGGGAGACGUGUCACAGCACUGCCCCUCUGGGAGGCCCAGGGAAGUGUCACCGAGGUGUGGCAGGCACUUAAGUGAUAAACUGUCACCGGGCUUCCUGGCUCUUGUGACGGUGCAGUACUGGUCAUCUUUUUGAACUUUACCAUCUGCUGAUAUUGUUCAUUCUAAAAUAUUUACUUUUGCACCUAAUUUUAUAUUCAUAACAAAAUUGUGUAAGCCUAAGGCCCAAAGGCCCCUCGACCCACCAGGGUGCUCGUUGUGGGUUGCCGUGUUCCGUGAAAGCCCCCAGUUGCCCCUGUCACCUGCGGGUGAGCCUCUGCUUCCCGGGCUUCGGGGCUGACUAUGCGGCUCCGGGGGAGUGUCGGGGUUGUGCGCUGACUUAGAGGCACAAUUUCAAGGACCAGUUAUGGAACCGGUGCCCCGACAUUAGCUGCCGCCUGUCCUCACACCUGACCGAAUGGGAGAUGUGGCCGAACCCAUGGGAUGGGCUGUGGGUGCAGCUCUCUCGGUCACAGAGAAGAACUGGAGGAGGUCCAUGCCCUGCGGGCGGCCUCAGAGGCAGGGCGUCCAGGGAGAUGGCCACUGCCCCGAGCGCCCACCCAGGCCCCAGGUCCCCUCACUGGGACAGCUGUACUCAUUCCUUACUGAAGAUGGGAACCUGAGUUGGGCGCCUCAGUCUCUGCUGCUGGGAGGGUGUCGACCUCCCCUCACAAGUCAUCUCUGGGUGACUGAGGUUUAUCUCUCCACCCAGCUACUGAUUUUGUAUCCUUUCCACGAAAGUGGACCUGAAACGGGCUUUUCUGCCUCAAACAGAGGUCGCCAGUGAACUCUGAGUCUCCGCUGUCCACUCACUAGCACUGCUCCCCGCCCAGGUAUUGCCCUUUCUGGGGUCUUGGGUGCGGGCUGCUGAGUGAUCCCCCUCUUCAGCGCAUGGCGCAUCAACGGUAUUAAACUUCCCAUGACACCCCUCUGUCUCUCUUACCCAUUUCCCUUCGUGCCCAUGUCUGCUCACUUUUCCCUCCCUCCAACCUCGCUUGCUGCUUAUGAAAUACCAGGAGCUCAGAUGGCCAGCCUAGGACAGCGUGAGGGCGAGGCCUAGAGGCUCUCUUGGGAGCAGAGUGUGCAUCUUGAGACAUCCUAAAAACAUGGGCUUGGACAACUGAAAGGAAACUUUCAAUGCUGGCGGGUGCCCCCACCCCCGAUAUAAAAAGCUGGGGUUCCGAGAGGGCCGGUCUUGCUGCGCUCAGCCCCCAUGUGGAGGGGUGCUGGUGGCCGUGGACGCCUCCCGCACCCUGCUGUCUGUCGAGGCCGAGGUCUGCAGGGCAGUGUGGGAGGGACACUUGUGAACUUAGGAUCAGUGUUCGGCAGACUUCAGGAUUCAGAGGGAACCUGACUAAUUACAGCCAAACUAAGGGAGGAAAAUGCAAGUUUGGAAAGAGCUUUGAUUCACCGCAGUGCCCCGAACACGAACGCCCGGAAGGAGAUACCGCUGUGCUGCGGGCGGGAAGGAAGCCGCACAUUCUACCACUGCGCCACACGGGACGUGCGUGUCUGCGGCGAUGGCAGGGCUCAGGGACUGGAGCAGUCCCCCCAGAGGCCUCGCAGCCCCCCACCUCCGGUGCGACAGAGACCACGCACUUGGGGUCGGAGGCCCCUAAGACUCCGUAAUUUACAGAGUGGGCUGGUGGCAGCACCCGGGGGCUGCAGAAGACUAAGUUCCGGGCAGGAGCGGCUGCCAGCGCUUCUCAGCGCUCACUGCGGUCUUCCCACCUGAGGGGCUCAGCCUCUGCGCUCCCCAUGUUCUCCCAAGAGCUGGCACGGGAAGUUGCCUCCCUGCCUGGGUUUCCCUCGGGCAGAAGUGUGUGGAUACAUCGGGACGUAUUUGGAAACAGCAAUCGGAGUGGUGGCAGCUGCCGGAUGACAGCCAUCUCUGAAUUCCGAAGAGGCGGCUGAAUUCCCCUCCCUGGAAAGUCAUGGGACCUCCUCCCCAUUUACCUUGCAAAGCAAAUCCUGUUUCUCGAAAAGCCUCGGAGAACUUGGUUUAUGGACUCAGGCGUCUCCGUGGCUUCUGAGGAGGCGGAAGCUGGAGUGGACCACGCCUGCCCCUCUCCUACGCUUGUCCCCGGGUGGCGGUGCCCGUUCCGUCCCGCCACGCAUGCUCCCUGCCUGCCGGGUUGAACUUCCCGCUAUUUGUCCUCCUUCCCCCAGUGUCCAUCUCACUUCCUCUGGGUUUUUAUCAGAUGUGCUGUGACCUUUUGUCUGGUGGUCUGAAUAUUAAAGCUCUUCGUUUCUCGGAAAAUUAAAA